AUGGCAGCAGAAGCUCAACCGGGCGCAGCGCCCCUCGAGAUCGACGACGAUGCGGUGCGUAACGAGCGUGCGGUUACGGGAAGAAUUUUCCUGACGUGGACACAGCAGACUCGACGAACACUACUGGAACGUAAGAGGCAACCCCGGAGCUUCGCGACCACCUCACUCGCACCCAGCGUGCUGGACUACAAGUUUGUGCAUGGACGUCGCUUCCACGCGUACAAGGAGGGAGCAUAUGUGAUGCCCAACGACGACGAUGAGCAGGACCGUCUGGACCUGGCGCAUCUGAUGAACGUCAAAGCUAUCGGCAACAAGCUCUACCUAGCGCCUCUCGAUGCGGCCAGGGUGCAAAGGAUCCUCGAUCUGGGUACUGGAACGGGCAUCUGGGCGAUUGAAAUGGGCGAGGAGUUUCCUGGAGCCGAAGUGCUGGGCAACGAUCUGAUCAUGCUCACCAGUAUUUCGUCUUCCAGGGUCCCUCCUAACGUCAAGUUCGAGGUCGACGACGUGGAGGCCGAAUGGACUCACUCUGAAAAGUUUGACUUCGUCUUCUGCCGCUACAUGUCUGCGGGCAUCUGGAAGUGGCCGGAGUUUGUCAAGAGGGUGUUUGGCGGCGUCGCCCCAGGCGGCUGGGCCGAGUUCCAAGACUACGACAUGCGCUACUUCUCGGAGGACGGCUCCCUCACUGAGAAGCACCACACCAAGAAGUGGAUCGACACGCUCCUCGGGGCCGCGGCCAAGGUCGGCCGCGAGCCGAUCCCGGGCGUCAAGCUGCGUGAGUGGGCGGAGGAGGCCGGGUUUGAGAACGUUACCGAAAAGGUGUUCCGGAUGCCCAUCGGGCCCUGGGCCAAGAAUCCGGACCUGAAGCAGGUCGGACACAUCAACUUGGUCCAGGUGCUCCAGGGGCUUGAGGCCUUUUCGCUGCGCCUCUUCUGCGACGUCGAGGGGUGGGACGAGGCGGAGGUGACGGUGCUGCUGGCCAACGUGAGGAAAGAGCUCCAGUCGGGUGCUUUCCACGCGCAGAUCAAGCUCCACGUCGUGUACGGCCAGAAGCCGGGGACUGCCGCUUGA